AUGAACGCGGCAGACGAUGAGAACAUCACUGCCACGUCAUCAUUUCUUCUAUUACAUGAUCUUCUUCUAAACGUCUCAACGACGUCUUCUUCGUCUUCGGAAUCGUCAGAAUCCUCACUUUGGACAACAACGAACAACAAGUGA